UCCUAUGGACUUGUUCAAUCUAUAAUCUUCAGGAAACACUUCUAAACCAUGGUUUUCAGAGUUUGUUUUUAAAAAAUAGUUUCUCUUUAAAUAAAAAAGAAAGAAUGUCACCAAUGAAAGGAAACUCACCUGAUUCUAAUUGGGAUUCAGGUUCUGAAUCAGACAAUCAGUGUGAAUCUUCUAGACGAAGUCGCAGUGGUACACCUAAUUCUAAUGCUGCAAAUUCUGUACAAGAAAGAAAUUCUGAUGAUGAAAAUGAUGCUCGUUCAGUAGCUUCAAAUGUUAGUGACAGAUCUUCUAGGUCUAGUAGUCAAUCUGCAGAGGAAAAAGUAAAUUCUAGACCAAAUUCUAAAAGUCCAUCUCCAGCUAGAUCAGAUUCUAGACACUCAAGUAUUGGAUCUGUGCACAGUGAGAAGUCUGGUUCUCAGAGAUCUAAAAGCGGUACUCCAAAAUCAGUUGCAUUGCAUAAUAGUGACUCACAAAGAUCAAGAUCAAGAUCAUGCUCUCCACAAGAGAAGACACCUGAAAGUCCAAAAUCUACAGAGAUGGCAAAUUCUCCAGAUUUCUCAAGAACUGAACAUGCAAAUUCUGGACAAAAACCAGAUAGCUCUGAAGAAAAUAAGGAUGAUAAUGAAUCUGAGAAGUCUGUAAAAACAAGGGGUAGUAUAAAAUCAAAUGAUAGUGAUGCAGAAGGAAGUCCAGCUCCAAAAGAAGAUAAUAGUGGCUCUGCUUCUGAACCAGAAGAUGGAGCGAAAAAAGCGAAACCGCUAAUAGAUAGUGAUUCAGAAAGUGAACCAACAGGAAAAGAAGCUCUAGCUCCAACAGCAGAUGCUCUUUUCGGAGAUGCAAGUGAUAUAAGUACAGAUGAUGAAAAGGACAAGGAAGAGAAACCAAGAGAGAAAAGUCGAAGUAAAAGUAGAAGCAGGAGUAGAAGUAGAAGUAAAAGCAGAAGUGGGAGCAGAAGUAAAAGCAGGAGUAGAAGCAGGAGCAAAAGUAGAAGUCCAGAUAGAUCUGACAGUGGUGGUGAGGGUCCUAGUCAAGCAAUUAUUGAAGAUGAUGUGGAUAAAGAAAAGGAGGAAGAACCCGAACCUCCACCAGAAACAAGAAUUGAUGUAGAAAUUCCAAAAAUCUCAACAGAUUUAGGUCGUGAAAUACACUUUGUGAAGCUCCCUAAUUUUCUUUCUGUAGAAACACGACCGUUUGAUACGGAAACAUAUGAGGAUGAGAUUGAUGAGGAGGAAACUUUAGAUGAAGAAGGUCGAGCUAGAUUAAAGUUAAAGGUUGAAAAUACUCUUCGUUGGAAGGACACUUUUGACGAUCAUGGUAAAGUCGUCAAAGAAAGCAACGCCAGAUUCGUAAAGUGGUCCGAUGGUAGCAUGUCUUUACAUUUGGGUUCCGAGAUUUUUGAUGUGUAUAAACAGCCACUUCAAGGCGAUCAUAAUCAUCUCUAUAUCCGUCAAGGAACUGGUCUCCAAGGUCAAGCAGUAUUCAGAACUAAAUUGACAUUCCGUCCACAUUCUACAGAAUCUUUCACUCAUAGAAAAAUGACAAUGUCGCUAGCGGACAGAUCGCAAAAGACUUCUGGUAUAAAGGUGUUGUCUCAAGUAGGAACCAAUCCAGAUCAAAAUAGAUAUGAAAUGAUUAAAAAAGAGGAAGAGAAACUACGUAUGGCAAUGAGAGUUCAAAGUAAGACAAAGAAAAGUAGUGCAGGUAGAGGAACUACUGGAAGAUCUGUGGGUGGAUAUGGUGCUGAUGCUUACCAUGAUGAUGGAUCUGAUGAUGAGGGUGCGAUUUCCCUUGCAGCGAUUAAGAAUAAAUAUAAAAAAGGAAUGAAUAUUCCUGUUAAAGCGUCAAAUAUAUAUUCAUCGGAUGAAGAGGGUUCAGAUUUCGAGACCUUCAGAGCGAAAAAGAACAUUAAAGGGAAAGUUCUUAAAGAUUCAGAUGAAGAAUCAAAUUCCGGAAGUGCUUCAGAAAGUGGAAGAGAGGAUAAUAAUCAGGGUGAUAAUGCUAGCGAUUAGAGUACUAAUUUUAAACUAUGAUAAGUUGUUUUGUAAUAUAGUGAAAUAAAUCAAAACAUUUCUGAAA